AUGUCCAACAACCUAGUCCGAACCGUAUUUGGCACUUCCACAGCAGCCGACACUCAGCAUCCAAAGAUCUUUGGCGCAGUCGAGGUCGGCCUUCGCUUUGAAAAUGGAAAGAUCAGUGAUCUUCAAGUCCUCUACCGCGCACUUGAUGGUGCAAUCUUCGAUAUCACUUCAAGCAUUGAGCUCAGUUUCCCGCCAUCUGGCAAUCCAACAGCAGAACUCACGCUGAAGAGAAAACGGCCAUCAGAGACCCCAGCUAUUGGAUUCACGAUCACCGUGUCCAGACUGACGCAGAAAGAUGAAGCGUCGUUUUCCGGGACUCUCGAGCGAGACACUGGCACUCUUCCUUGGAAUGGGCGAUUCGUUGCGUUCCGUAGCAGUCCUCUGUCUGUAAUCCAAAAGGGCCUGAAACCAAUUGAUAGCAUGGUUCAAUCUUUCUUGGAUAUGUCACCGCUUCUAGAUUUGGGUGGAAGAAAGGAAGCAGAGGACGGCGUCCAAACAUGGGCCGCCGUUAUCUUCAAAGAGAUGCUCCAAAAUGCUACACCCCAGCGGGCUAAGGAUCUAUUCAACAUGGAUUCUGGCGAAAUCGGAUCCGUCUUCGUAGAGAAGUAUUACAGCGGAGACCACCUGCCCCAGAUGCUGAAAAAGACGACCACUUACUGCCGCUACCUCGCUCUCCAAAACAUCUAUGACGACAACUUUGCCAUGUUCCAGAUGGCAUCAUGGCAUCACCUGGUUCACUGGCUCAAAUCUGUCGACUGGCUCGAACGUGAGUUUGUUAACUCCAUCAGAGAUAAAAUCAGCGUCUACUACGACAUGCUCCGUUGCCCCGACUCGGAGUUGGACAAGUGGAAGAACGAAUACGGGAGCGGCUUCCCAGCGGCACAGAAUGCUACUAACCUGCGCAAGCAGUACACUGAUGCUAUUCAGCGCUGCUACUUUGCGGCCUACUAUUGCUUCAGUGAAGAUAAUUGGGACGAUUUUAUGGAAAAGCCUCGGGUGUUUUACCAACAAGUCCGGGAAGUGCUUCUCUCCGAUUCCUGGCUUGAGCACUGGCUACCUCGGCUGAUCAACCUGAAAGACAACAGAGGAGAGUUGCCCGUCCACAAGCGCCUCGGCCUUCUCCGCGACAAGUUGAAAUUAUUGGGCAUUGUCGGGCAGUCCCUCUCUCCGGGCGAACCGGCCGCCGACGUUGACGCUGUCAUUGAAAGGCUGGCAAAAGCAGCAGGAGAGACAGGUAUCGUGUCAAUCGCAACCAUGAUCACUCCGGACUCCAAGUCGAUCCCGUUGAGUGCCAAUGAAAUAUUCAGCGAGGAGGGAAAGCGUGACAUAAAUCGUGAGAUUGCCUUUCCGAUGGAGGGUGGCCUUUCUUUUACUGCUGAAGACGUUGAGAGUCGGGCCACCCAUGCGUUCCUUCGGGACGAUGCCACCCCCCUUGGAUUGUACGACUGGCACUUUCACUUCUCUCUAUUCGGCUAG